AUGGGGAAGGCAAAAGAAGCAGCGGUGGUGGCGGGAGCCCUAGCAUUCACGUGGCUCCUUAUAGAGCUCGCUUUCAAACCCUUCCUUACCAAGGCACGUGCUUCGAUUGACAACUCUGACCCGUCACGUGACCCCGACGAUGAUGCUCUUCCUAAAACCACCAUUAAUGACGUUCCCAAUGUCGCUGAUUCUAAACCCGCCGGCGACGUACCUACCGCUGUUGAUACUAUAACCACCGACCCAGUUCUCUCUGUUGUUGGGCUUCUUCAAGAUGAAGUUGAUCCAAUGGUCUUUGUUAUGAAGGUUGAAAAGGCACCUUUGGAAUCAUAUGUUGAUAUUGGUGGUUUAGAUGCUCAGAUACAGGAAAUUAAAGAAGCAGUCAAACUUCCCCUGACGCAUCCUGAACUGUAUGAAGACAUUCAUAUCAAGCCUCCUAAGGGAGUCAUUUUAUAUGGAGAACCUGGAACUGGGAAGACGUUGCUAGCUAAGGUUUUACUGGGACGGGCAACUCAAAGUGUUCCUGUGGACAUUGACUUGGGCAUCAAUGGAGGGCAUGUCAAUGCAAUAUCUCGACGUCACGUGAAUAAGCUAACUAACAAACUAUAUGUUAAAUAA